UGAAGGUGUAGAGGGUCUUUGGCGUAGCUUGAUAAGAGAUCAAACAAGUAUGCAAUACACACGUGUGAGCCAAAUGCCUGCAGACGUUGUGCUUCAACACUAAGCCAUGCACCAGGACCACCCACGUUAUGUGAUUGACAGGCCGGCGUAUAACCUCCCAGACUUUGACAGAGAGUUUGACAAGAAGAGUCGACAAUUCCCCGUUGGAGAGAAAGUGAAGAAACUCUUCAGAUGCUCUGCGCUGAGACUGAAGGGCUUGUUAUUCAGACAUCUGCCCGUUCUGAGCUGGCUCCCCAAGUACAAAGUGAAAGAGAACCUGCUGUGUGAUGUCAUCAGCGGGGUCAGCGCCGGCACCAUUCAGGUUCCCCAAGGCAUGGCAUUUGCCCUCCUUGCAAACCUCCCUCCUGUCAACGGUCUCUAUUCCUCUUUCUUCCCUCUCAUCCCAUAUUUCUUCAUGGGCACUGCUCACCAGAUGGUCCCAGGUACGUUUGCUGUCCUCAGCAUUAUGGUGGGAAUCGUGUGUCUUAGGCUGGCACCAGAGUCGGACUUCAGUCAUUUCAAUGCCACUCUUAAUGCCACAGUAGUGGACACAGAUGUGAUGAACGAGGUUCGCCUGGGAAUAUCUGGAACUCUGGCCUGUCUCACUGCAAUCAUACAGAUUGGCCUCGGCUUCAUGCAGUUUGGGUUUGUAGCCAUCUAUCUGUCAGAAUCCUUCGUCAGAGGCUUCAUGACGGCUGCAGGAUUACAGAUCCUCAUCUCAGUGCUCAAAUACAUAUUUGGCAUCAAAGUGCCACCUUACAGUGGUCCGCUGGCCGUUAUAUAUACUCUUGUAGAUAUUAUAGGUGGCCUUCCAGAUACCAACAUAGCGUCGUUAGUGUUUGCUCUGGUAAGCAGCAUAGUUCUGAUGGUGGUGAAGGAGCUGAGUGCACGCUACCGCCACAAGCUGCCCUUCCCCAUUCCCAUGGAGAUCAUUAUCGUGGUGGUGGCCACAGCCAUCUCAGGCCCUCUGCAUCUACCUGAGAUCUAUCACAUGGACAUAGUGGGAGAAAUUCCUUUGGGAUUCCCAGCACCGAUCCUGCCAACAGUGAGUCAGUGGGAAGACAUGUUGAGCACAGCUUUCUCCCUGGCAAUCGUUGGUUAUGUCAUCAACCUGGCUAUGGGCAGGACACUGGCAGCAAAGCACGGCUAUGACGUGGAUCCCAACCAGGAAAUGUUGGCUCUUGGCUGCAGCAAUUUCCUCGGGUCCUUCUUUAAGAUCCACGUGAUCUGCUGCGCCCUGUCUGUGACCCUGGCUGUGGACAAUGCCGGUGGAACAUCACAGUUUGCCAGUUUCUGUGUGAUGCUGGUUGUAAUGGUAACCAUGCUUGCACUUGGAGCCUUCCUAAAACCACUUCCAAAGUCAGUGCUCGGAGCCUUGAUUGCAGUCAACCUGAAGAACACACUCCUCCAGCUCUCUGAUCCCUACUACUUGUGGAAGAAGAGCAAAUUGGACUGUUGUGUGUGGGUUGUGUCAUUCUUGGCCACGUUUUUUCUCAGCUUGCCGUAUGGAGUUGCUAUCGGAGUGGGCUUUUCCAUCCUGGUUGUGAUAUUCAAGACACAGUUUCGUAAUGGUUCGGCAAUGGCUCAGAUCGUGGACACAGAUAUCUACAAAAACCCGAAGGUGUACAGCAAGGUCGUGUCAAUAACAGGUGUGAAAAUAGUGAACUAUUGCUCACCACUCUAUUUUGCAAAUGCUGAAAUAUUUCGACAGAGGGUCAUCAGAAAGACCGGACUGGACCCUGGCAAACUCAUCCUGGCCAAGAGGAAGUUCUUAAAGAAGGAACAGAAGGAAAAAGAGAAGGAGGAAAAGAAGGACAAGGAGACAAGGAGGAGGAAACCCAGCUCUUUGGUUAACAUGAAAGCUCAGACCAUAUCUCAGCUUGAACUGCAAAAUGACUUUGAUAUGAGCGAUGGCAGUGCCAGCAAAGCUGAACCUCCCACCAGCUAUGUCAACUUCCGCUGUAGUGACAUUGAGCUGGGCGAGCAGGCGCCCGACCAAGAGCCGGCCAGUCCCUCUGCUGUCACACUCGAGUCCCAGCCCAUGCCCUUCCACACCCUCAUCCUCGACUUGGCAGGAGUCUGCUUCAUAGACCUCAUGGGUAUCAAAGUGUUGAUAAAGAUGAACUCAAGCUACACAAUGCUGGGCAUUAAACUAUACCUGGCCAAUGUUCAAGCCCAGGUGUAUGAAGAACUGGAGGCCGGAGGAGCUUUUGAUGACGGCAAUAUUGCCCGCAGUAAUCUCUUCCUUUCUGUCCACGAUGCCAUUGUGUUUGCUCAGCAGACCUCUGGAGAGCGGCAAGUCUCCCCGAAGGCAGAGAGAGCGAGACAGGAACUUGCCUUUAACAUUAAUGAGGAGAAAGAUCUGGAGCAGGAAAUGUUUUGAAUCACUGGUUUGCUGCAGUGAAGAUGAGCAGAAGAAACACGCCGAAGAUACUGACAGUUAUCGUCAAUGCCAUUUAUGUAAUUUAUGGAAAUGAAAUUCUGUGCUUGGCUAUGCAUCUCUUCGUUGACUAUCAAUUAUCAAAAUAAAAUGUUUUACUUUGUGCUUCAA